CGUAGCUAUGGAAACUAAACUUUGUCUAGGACCUGCUGAACCUCGACAUGGAGGCGACUGCGGGACAGCACGCUCCAGAAGUAUUUCAGAUUUCAUUUGUUUUCCCCAAUGGAGACACAUAUGAUGGAGAAUGUACGAGAACACCAUCAGAAUUAUUGGAGAGGAAUGGAACAGGAGUCCAUAAAACUCCAUGUGGUUUGACCUAUUCAGGAUUAUGGAAGAAUGAUAAGAUGAAUGGCAUCGGAAAACUUGAACAUCCAUCAGGAGCAGUUUAUGAAGGAGAAUUUACUGAUAAUAUGUUUCAUGGGAAUGGUACAUACAUUUUCCCAAAUGGAGCCAGAUAUAUAGGAAUCUUUAACCAGAACAGAAUGGAGGGAGAAGGUGAAUACGUGGAUGCACACGGACUGCAAUGGAGAGGAAUGUUUCAUUAUAAAGUAGCACCAGGAUUAAAAUUAAAGCUGCAAAUAUAGUUCCAGAGUUGCACCGAAAGAAGGACAUCGUCUUCAAGUUAGUCAUCUGUAGCACUUUAUUGCUUGACCCUCUGGUGAUACAGAAGAAGAAGUGAUUCAGUUAAAGAAAAACACAAUGUCCCUGCAUUGAAAAGAGUCUUGCGCAGUUCUUCCUAUAGCAAAGCUAUAUUAUUAGUAUUUUAUUAAGAGAUAUAUAUACUGUUGAGUAGGGGCAAAAUAUGACAAAUCAGUGUACACCAAUAGAAAGGGCAGAGGACAUUGUUUUUAACAACUUUAACAAUGUCUUUAUAGUGUUACAAACGCUAUAUUUAUUUGAAGCUGAUCCAGAAAUAUCAAUAAAGCUUAAUUGGAAUGAGA